GCCAGCGGCUGACUCAACCAAUGCCGACUGUGCCGAUGUCCUCCUCACCGUUGCUGCUACAUCUGGCGUCCUCUAGGGGCCGAGUUAGGGUCGCAGCUUCCUCAAACCUCGGCGCCACUGGCAGCGGCAGCUUCCCGCAAUUCUUACCAAGGGCGGUGGAGCGCAUCCGUGAUGGUGCCGCUAUUCACUUGGCCAAGCGAAUUGAGCGCCUACCCGUCGAGACUGCUUUCACCAGUAGCCCGAUAAUGAGCAGCUGUGUGAGACCCCUCAAGCAACCACAAACCUGUGAUCCGGUCAUGCUGCUCCAUGGCUUCGACAGUUCUUGUCUAGAGUGGAGGUACACCUACCCGUUACUGGAGGAGGCUGGACUGGAGGCUUGGGCAGUGGAUGUUCUUGGAUGGGGCUUCUCUGAUCUAGAAACAAGACCACCAUCCCAUGUUGCAUCAAAGCGCGAGCAUCUUUACCAGUUCUGGAGAUCAUACAUCAAAAGGCCUAUGGUGUUAGUUGGACCCAGCCUUGGUGCUGCUGUUGCCAUUGAUUUUGCAGUGAACUACCCGGAAGCGGUGUCAAAAUUGAUAUUCAUUGGUGCAAGUGUAUAUGCUGAGGGCACAAGAGAUAUGACGAGAUUUCCUAUAUUUGUUCCAUAUGCUGGAGUAUUUUUACUGAAGAGUCUUCCACUGCGAUUAUUAGCUACACGUUUGGCAUUUAAGAUAAUUCCAAAUGGAUUGAUGUUCUUUGACUGGGUCCAAAUUGGACAUCUGCAUUGCCAACUUCCUUGGUGGGAGGAUUCUACAGUUGAUUUUAUGAUUAGUGGUGGUUACAAUGUCACAAACCAAAUAAAACAGGUACAUCAUGAAUGUCUGGUCUUAUGGGGAGAGGACGAUGCAAUAAUUAGCAAUAAACAAGCAUACAGGUUGCAACAAGAGCUUCCAAAUGCGACCCUGAGGCAGGUGCGUCAGUGUGGCCAUCUUCCUCACGUCGAGAAGCCAAGGGAAUCCGCAGCUCAUGUGCUUGAUUUCCUAGGAAAUGAGAAAAUGGACAAGGCAGAACAUACUUCAUCUAUACUAGCGCGCGGUGAACAGAAUCAGAUCAUUUAGUCAUACUCAUGUUCACGCUCGGUUCCAAGCUGCUGGACUUAGUCGAAGCGUUACGGCGAUGCUAGCACUCCUAGCUACACUCUUCACUCUGCACCUCGAACAGCCGAGUGGAUGCACUA